AUGGCCUCUGAUAUCAUAGCUACAGUCUUGCGUGAUCUAGAGUUGCUGGUGAAAGAUUUUGGUGUAGAAUAUUUCAGGGUGUUGGACCUGAAGGCGGAGUUGAGACUUCUGAGGACCCUCUUUUGGUGUGCAAGAGAGUGGAACUACGAUCUGUAUUCCAAACCUGGUAACAACAAUAAUCUGGCAUCUUUCUUGACUAGCCUUGAACCUGCAGUAGAGGAAAAGAUUCUGGACUUGUAUAAUGAUUGUCUUAGUGAAGAAAGAUUCCGCGAACUGGGUUUGAAUUCCCAUUUGAUCGGCCUGAAACAGGAACAGUUCUUCCCCUUGGAACAGGGAACGUACUCGUAUGGUCGUUCUUAUAUGGGAGAAGAACGAUUCAGCUAUGAUCAGGGUUUCAUGGGGAUGGGCAGCAAUGCCUCUUUCAAUCUCUUGAAGGGAAAAGAUAAGUACUCUUGUGGUCUCGGAGGAGAGGGGGUCUGGACUUUCGAUUGGGAGUCCAAGUUUGAUCACAAGGUUGGCGAAAUAAGAACCACUUGCAUCUACAAUUCGAAGCAAGAAAUCAGCCGAUCCUAUAUCAAUUUGUUGGAUUACUACAAUUCAUUGCAAAACCAUUCCAGCUGGGGCCCAAAAAUUAUGGAAUUCAUCGACUUCCUGCUAGUGAAUAUAGAGGAUGUCCAAACUUGGGUAAGAGUUGAUGAUCAAGAUGUGCGAGAUUUACUCGAAGCCCUCAAAGAGAAGGUGGCUUUCUUGAAGAACUUCAUUCGCUUUGCAGAAUGGCGAGGCUUUGAGUAUGGGCAGUUGGAAGUUCUCUUCAUGCGUUUACAAGUUGUGGCUAUCGAUGCAGCAGCAAGAGUCUUCCACAUGUGGGCAUUUUACCCAUAUGAUUAUAAAGAAGCACGGGAUAAUAAAAUGCGGUUGAUCUUUUCUGAGCUGCUACAAAAGAUGGAGGCUGUUGAUCCACAAAUCCGUGAGACAUACAUCCAAGUCUUGCUAUCUGGAUCGCCACAUGCUCGGACAUUGGAGAUAGAAGAGCAUAUACUAGGGGAUUUUGUUGAUUCUCUCCUAUAUCGGAUUUGGGAAGGACUGACGCACAGUAUUACUUGUGUGGUUUCUUUGGAGGAUCAAAUGCCAAUUCUCUAUGAGGGGCUCAGAUUCUUGAGAACCAUUCUCAAGAAGUACUUUGAGAAGUUGCCUAACAAAGUUAAGGAUCUCAUUCGAGCUGCUGUCAGUGAGGCAGGGAUCGUAAUUUGCUCACUAUUUGUGCAAGGAUUGAAAGAAGGCUUGGCCAAGGAAAUGGAUUCUGCACUUGUCAACCUGCUGGGAAAGAUUAAGCUUAUCAAGGUAGUAACAUCAGCACUUAUCUUUCCUAAGACUGAUGAGCUUGGCUUUAUGAACUUUUUUCUACAAAAUCUCAAAGAUUUGCCAAGUUGUAAGGUUGAUUCAAAUGUUUUUGCAAGCACUGAAAUUCAGACAGUACUAGAUGAUCUUAUAUCCUUGAGAUCCUUGUUGGAGAAUAAUCUGGAAGAACGUAAUCAGGAUGAAAAGCUUCAAGCUCUUUCCCGUCAUGCUGUAGAGGUGGCGUACAAAGCACAACUUAUGAUUCAAUCCUUAGUGGUCGGAAAUGAUCCUGAUUAUUCUCCAAUGAUAUUUGGUCCACUCACAGAAGAAAUUAAUUUUAUUAAGAUGGAGGCCUUGAAGAUUGGUGACAAUAGGUGUAGCUUGCCAUCCCAAAAACCUAUCAGGUCUUCCGAUUCUUUGCCAUCACAGGGUAGAACACCAGCAAUCAACAAAGCUGUGGUGAGUUUGAAUGACGAGGCAAAGAAGAUAAUUGAUCAACUUGUAAGAGGAUCAAAACAGCUGGAUAUCAUUUCUGUUGUAGGUAUGCCAGGACUAGGUAAGACUACUUUGGCCAGAAGUGUUUUUAAUGAUCCUUCAGUUACAUGCACAUUUCAUAGUCAUGCAUGGUGCAUUGUUUCUCAAGUAUAUACAAAGAAAGAUUUGGUUCUUCAGAUUUUGGGAGGGAUUGUUCCUGAACUUUCUGAUCAAUAUCUGAACAAGAGUGAAGUCGAUUUGGAGGAAGAGCUCAAAAGGCGUUUAAUGAAAAAUAAGUAUCUCAUUGUUUUGGAUGAUGUCUGGGAUGCUGACGCAUGGAGUGGGUUGGAAAGAUCGCUGCCCAAUGAUGCCAAUGGAAGUAGGAUCCUCUUAACAAGUAGACAUCCUGAAGUAGCCAAAAAAAUUAAUCCUAACCGUGAGCCUCACCCCCUUCGCCAACUCACUGAUGAUGAGAGCUGGGAACUGUUACAAAAGAGGCUAUCUUGCAGGGAUAGCUAUGAUGAGAAACUAGGGAGGGAAAUAGCAAAAAAUUGUAAGGGAUUACCCCUCACAGUAGUCAUUGUAGCUGGAAUUCUUUCGAAUUCAGGGCAGGAUGGUUGGGAAGAGAUUGCAGGAAGGCUAAGCUUAAAUACUCUUUCUAUCACAGAACAGUGCAUGGACAUAAUAAAGUUGAGUUACAGAAACCUACCUGAUUAUCUGAAACCAUCCUUUCUUUACUUUGGUGCAUUUCCAGUAGGCCAGGAGAUUCCUUUUGGGAAGCUGAUGAGAUUAUGGAUUGCCGAUGGAUUUGUUCAAAAAAGUGAUGGAAAGAGCUUAGAAGAUGUGGCCGGGGACUACAUCAAUGAUCUGAUUGGCAGAAGCUUGGUUAUGAUCUCCAAAGAAAGAUCCUUAGGAGGCAUUAAAGCCUAUCGUGUUCAUGAUCUGUUGCAUGAGUUUUGUGUGGUAACAGCCAAAAAGGAGAAAUUUUUGUCUUUGGUAAGUGGGUAUGAUGAGCUUCUCACCUUCAAUGGGCAGUGUAAUCAGCAACGGUUGUGCGUGUAUUCUCUCCAAGAACAUUUUGAGAGGUCAAGGAUAUUUUGUCCCAGUGUACGUUCUAUACUAUUCUUUCCUCUUGAUAAUGCAUAUGGACCGAAGCAUUGUCGUCUCUUAUUCAAUCUAUGCAUCUUCAAACUUCUUAAUGUGUUGAAUUUGGAGCAAAUCCAUCUAGGAUUUUGUUUUCCAAGUGAAACGCUAUUGCUUGUUGAGUUGAGGUACUUGGCAGCUCAGGGUGAAUUCGAUUCGAUCCCAUCAUCAAUAUCCAACCUCUCAAAUUUAGAAACUCUUCUUGUCAAAAGUCAUACUACAGCUGUAUUGCCAGAUACUAUCUGGAAUAUGCAGAAAUUAAGACAUCUGCAUGGUGAUUUUAGCUUGCUUGGGUCUAGUUUGGCCACAGAAAACCUUGAAAUGUCCUCUGCCUUACACAACUUAGAGACCUUUUCUGUCCUUAGGCUUUCUUCUGGGCAAAGCAUUGAAAAGAUACUGAGGAAGUUGCCAAACAUCCGCAGACUAAAAUGCAGACUCUUAGAAUCCGGGAAAUCUACUGGGGAUUGCAACAGGACUGUGGCAGUGCAGUUUUUGAGUCGACUACAAUCACUCCACCUGUCCUCAUCAUUUGGAAGAGUAAAGUAUCAUAGCGAGCUUCAUUUUCCCUCGAACCUAAAGAAACUGUCUCUGUCAUACUUGCAUUCGAGUAUAAUUCCAGAACUGAGAGAUCUAUCCAAUCUUGAGGUACUCAAAUUACUUUCCAUUCACUGUGAGGAGAAUACUUGGGACAUGGAAGAAGAAUGGGAACUCCCAAAACUCAGAUUCCUGAAGUUAGGAUCCUUGGACAUUGUGAGAUGGACCAGCACAGGCGAUCAUUUUCCCUGUCUUGAGAAAUUAGUGCUGCAGCAAUGUCGCAAACUAGAAGAGAUCCCUUCUUGCUUAGAGGUUAUUGAACCUCUUGAAAUAAUUGAGGCGCGUCACUGUCCAGUCUUGGAUAAAAGUUUACUUUGGAAGAUUGAGGAGGAACAGAAGAGCUCAGGAAAUUAUGAUUUCAAGAUCUUUAUCUUCCAGUGA